AUGGAUCACUACCCCGAAGUCAGCGUCAACGAACGCGAAACCCCCUCCUCGAUGCUCUCCUCGCGCCACGACUCUGCCUCGUCCAUCGCCAAAGCCGCCGCCGCUGGUCAAAGACCCUCUGGAACCUCCACCACAGACGACUCCGCAGCGCGCAACUCCUCAUACACGUCCUUCCCGAGUCCAUCAACACACUCGCACUCGUCAAACCACUCCGCCCACCGCAGCGACUCGAGCUCGUCGUCCAACUCCAACCUCCAACGUAUCGAAGCGGAGUACGCGCGGUAUACAGAUGCGCCUCCGCCAUAUAGCGAGAAGGCGUAUGAGGGCAAGAGCGAUGACGAGAGGAACAGCAUGCGCAUGACGGAUUAUGCGAAGGAGAUCUCGAGGAUGAUGGGACGGCAGUUGGUUAGGGGGUUGAAGAUUGAUGAGAGGGAGAAGGGGAAGAAGGGGGAUAACAAGGCGAGGUGA